AACAGUAGUGCAAGCAGCUAGCAGUGGUCUUUGACAGAUUCAGAAAUGAAUUUGGUGAUGCCAAAAUCAAAGAGAAUGAGCUUCUUAUCCUUCAUCACUUUUCUACUGUCAUUGCCAACAUUCUCUUUUUCUCAAAAAAAUGUUGGGAACACCAUUCUGAAUCAUCGUAAGAUACUCCCAAAACAGGAACUCCUUACUUCUUAUGCUGUCAUCUUUGAUGCUGGUAGCUCUGGGAGUCGUGUGCAUGUCUUCCAUUUUGACCAGAACUUAGAUCUUAUUCACAUUGGCAAUGACCUUGAGUUUGCUAAAAAGAUCACACCCGGUUUGAGCUCCUACGCUAAUCAUCCUGAAAAAGCCGCACAAUCUCUCAUUCCACUUUUAGAGGAAGCUGAAAGUGUUGUUCCUCAGGAACAGCACCCCAAGACACCCCUUAAGCUUGGGGCAACGGCGGGUUUGAGGCUCUUGGAUGGAGAUGCUGCUGAAAAUAUAUUGCAAGCGGUCAGGGAAAUGUUCAAGAACAGAAGUACACUCAACGUUCAACCAGAUGCAGUGUCUGUUAUUGAUGGAACUCAAGAAGGUUCUUACCUAUGGGUAGCAGUUAACUACCUUUUGGGAAAGUUGGGAAAGAAGGUUUCAAAAACAGUGGGAGUGAUAGAUCUUGGAGGUGCAUCAGUUCAAAUGGCCUAUGCUGUCUCAAAAAACACAGCUAAAAAUGCCCCAAAACCUCAACAAGGAGAGGAACCUUACAUCAAGAAACUUGUACUCAAGGGAAAGAAAUAUGACCUUUAUGUUCACAGUUACUUGCGUUACGGUAACGAUGCAGCUCGUGCUGAGAUUUUCAAGGUCACUGAUGGUGCUGCUAGUCCUUGCCUUUUAGCUGGUUAUGAAGAUAUAUACAAAUAUUCUGGAGAAUCAUACAAUAUCUAUGGUCCUACUUCUGGUUCCAACUUUGAUGAAUGCCGAGACACAGUUGUGAAGGUUCUGAGACUGAAUGACCCUUGUGCCCAUCAAAACUGUACAUUUGGUGGGAUAUGGGACGGUGGAAAAGGAAGUGGACAGAAAAACCUUGUUGUUACUUCAUCUUUCUACUAUAGGUCUUCUGAGGUUGGUUUUGUGAAGCCACCAAAUUCCAAAAAUCGUCCUGUGGAUUGGGAAAUUGCAGCUAAAGAAGCUUGUAAACUAUCCUUUGAGGAAGCCAAAUCCACUUUUCCACAUGUUGCCAAAGAUAAACUUCCAUUUGUAUGCCUGGAUCUUGUAUACCAGUAUACAUUGCUUGUUAAUGGAUUUGGCCUUCAUCCUGAGCAAGAGAUUACAGUGGCAGAAGGAAUUGAAUAUCAAAAUUCUAUUGUGGAAACAGCAUGGCCCCUAGGAACUGCCAUUGAAGCCAUAUCAUCUUUGCCUAAGUUUAAUCCAUUAAUGCUGGUUUUGGUGUGGUCAAGAAAAGGGACAAAGAACAUGGACUUUACCCUCUUUUCUCUUCUACUCUUGUUAUUACUAUUGCCUUCACUCUCUUGUUCCUUAUAUGUGGGGAACAAUAUCUUGUUCACUCAUCGCAAGAUAUUUCCCAAACAACAAGAACUUACCUCGUACGCUGUGAUCUUUGAUGCUGGUAGCACUGGUAGCCGCGUGCAUGUCUUUCACUUCGACCAGAACUUAGAUCUUCUUCACAUUGGCAACGAGAUUGAGUUUUAUGAUAAGGUCACACCUGGUUUGAGUGCAUAUGCGGAUAAUCCUGAAAAUGCAGCAAAAUCUCUAGUUCCACUUUUGGAGGAAGCUGAAAGUGUUGUCCCUCAGGAACUCUACCCCACAACACCUGUUAAACUUGGGGCGACUGCAGGUCUAAGGCUUUUGGAUGGGGAUGCUUCUGAAAGAAUAUUACAAGCGGUUAGGGAUUUGCUCAAGAACAGAAGUACCUUCAGCGUUCAACCAGAUGCUGUAGCUAUAAUUGAUGGAACCCAAGAAGGUUCUUAUCUAUGGGUGACAAUAAACUAUUUACUAGGAAAUUUGGGGAAGAAGUUUUCAAAGACAGUGGGAGUAGUUGAUCUUGGAGGUGGAUCAGUUCAAAUGGCAUAUGCUGUCUCAAAGAACACAGCAAAAAAUGCUCCCCAACCACAACCAGAAGAGGAACCUUACAUAAAGAAGCUUGUGCUCAAGGGAAAAAAAUAUGACCUCUAUGUUCACAGUUACUUGCACUAUGGUAGAGAAGCAUUUCGUGCUGAGGCUUUGAAGGUCACUGAUGGUUCUGCUAACCCUUGUAUUUUAUCUGGCUUUUAUGGGACCUACACAUAUUCUGGAGAAGACUAUAAGGCCUUUGCUCCCAUUUCUGGAUCCAACUACCAUGAAUGCAGAAAGAUAGUUCUUCAAGGUCUCAAAGUGAACCAGUUUUGCGCUCAUCGAAAUUGUAGUUUUGGAGGGAUAUGGGAUGGUGGAAAGGGAAGUGGACAAAACACUCUUUUCGGCACUUCAUCUUUCUACUAUCUGGCUUCGGAGAUUGGUAUGUUUGGUCCAAAUAAACCCAACUCCAAGAUUCAUCCUUUGGAUUUGAAGACUGAAGCAAAGAGAGCUUGUGAAAAAACAUUUGAGGAUGCCACAUCCGCUUAUCCACUUCUUUCAGCUGAUAGAGUUCCAUAUGUGUGCUUGGACCUUACAUACCAGUAUGCAUUGCUUACUGAUGGAUUUGGCCUAGAUCCAUUGCAAGAGAUCACAGUGGCAAAUGAAAUUGAAUAUCAGGAUGCGCUUGUGGAAGCAGCAUGGCCUUUAGGAACUGCCAUAGAAGCCAUAUCUUCAUUGCCUAAAUUUAACCCAUUCAUGUAUUUUAUUUGAGCUUCUGCUGCCAUAUUUCAGUGCUAAAGGACACUACGAAAAGCCUACUGAAUAAAAUAUUAAAACUUCAGCCAUUUCUUCA